AUGAAGAAAUUAAUUUCCAUGCCAUGUGUUGUAUCUAUCUCUUUUCCAGAAACAGUAAAAAGGAAAAUGAAGCCCACCUUUUCCUUUUGUUUAUUGCUGGCUGGUUUGUAUACUGUUGUCCAGUGUCAUCAGCAUCCUUGUUACUACAAUAAGCAGGAUCAUCCUAAAGAGACAUAUUACCCAGGACACGGUUCUCACAGCGAAGGAGUUUAUCCAGUUAAGAACAAAACCUUUGUCAAACUAAUUCCCAGAAAUGCUGACUUUGCAUUUUCAUUUUACAAGCUGGUCGCAUCUGAAUCAACGGACCAAAAUAUUUUCUUUUCACCCAUAAGCAUCUCUGCUUCCUUUGCAAUGCUGGCACUUGGUGCCAAGUCAGCAACGCUGACGCAGAUUCUGGAAGGGCUUGCCUUUAACCUGAAAAAGACUCAGGAGCAGGAAAUACAUGAAGGUUUUUGCCAACUCCUCCACAUGCUGAACCGUUCAGACAGUGAGCUCCAGCUGACGCUGGGCAAUGCCCUUUUUAUAGAAGAGACGCUAAAACCACUACAGAAGUUCUUGGAUGAUGUCAAAACCUUUUAUGAAUCUGAAGUCUUUUCUACUGACUUUAACAACUCCUCUGAUGCUGAGAAUCAGAUCAACAGUUAUAUUGAGAAAAAGACAAAUGGGAAAAUUGUUAAACUAGUGGAAAACCUUGAUCCUCUCACUGCAAUGGUUCUUGUUAACUAUGUCUUCUUUAAAGCCCAUUGGGAGAAACCCUUCAGUACUUCAUACACAAAACAGGAGGAUUUUUUUGUGGAUCAGAAAACAUCUGUAAAAGUUGACAUGAUGUAUCGAAAGGGUUACUACCGAAAUUACUUUGAUGAAGAGCUGUUCUGUUGGCUGGUUCAGAUACCUUACAAUGGAAAUGCUGCAGCAUUAUUUGUUUUGCCUGACGAAGGGAGGAUGAAGCAGGUGGAAGAUGCUCUCUGGAAAAGGACAGUGUCUAAAUGGGAAAAGUUCCUCCAAGACAGAAAAAUACAUCUGCACAUUCCAAAAUUUUCUAUUUCUGGUACCUAUGAUGUGAAAAGGAUAGUCAAACAAGUGGGUAUGAUUGAUCUGUUCACUGAACAAGCUGAUCUGUCAGGGAUUACUGAGGAGUCUGGACUGAUGGUUUCAAAAGUGAUCCACAGAGCGGUGCUAAAUGUUCAUGAGAACGGCACUGAAGCGGCGGGGGCCACAGUGAAGGAGGUUACCUGGAGAUCUGGAGAUUUUCCUUAUCCACCUCGAGUCAGAUUCAACAGGCCCUUUCUCCUGGUGAUUCUGGAUAAAUACACCCGCACCAUCCUCUUCAUAGGGAAGAUCAUAAACCCUCUCAAAAAUGACUGA